AUGCGCACUUUCCAGCCCUUGGGCUGGCCGCUCCCCGUAUCUGCUGCUCAUUUUCACUCUUCCACUGGCCUCCAGCAUUACUGCCUCCGACAGGCCGCGAGGACGUGGACUGGCGACUUUGUGAAUAUGGACGUGUGCCAGCAGUGCGUGAAUGCCCACCACGCUGCAUUUGAAAAGUGUUACCAGCCCCGAUCGAUACCGGGCAUUCAGCAGCACGAAGCACUCAUGCGUACAAUGCCAAUCAAGAGGCACACACGCGUGCGUCUAAGGCGGGCUAUGAAGGCUCAGGACGAGGGAGCAGCCUAUCGGUCUCUGUCGCUAUCACAAACAGCCUUGUUCUAA